AUGGCGUCUUACGGAGCCAGCUUACCCGACUCCGAACCGCUCGUUCACGGCCGCACGACGACGCACCUCGCCCUCCUGCCUUCCUUCGCACACUUUCUCUCGACCCUCACAACCCUCCAGCGCGACUUCUCGCAGAAAGCCUCGUCUCACAUCGGCUCCUUUCGACUGCAAAUUGCGCGAAGUGCGAGUGAGCGAGGAGGGGAGGCGGCGAGUCUUGAGAGGGCAAUGAGCGGCGUGUUGGAACAGGUGGAUUUGAUGAGUCGUGAGGUGGGAGAGUGUGCGGACAAGGUUGCCAAGGAGGUUGCGGCACGGUUGGACGAGGUUGGCGGACGGCUCGACGCGGUGCGGAAGAAGCACCACUCCUUCUACGGCCAACUCAUGACGCAGCGCGACAAAGCCUAUGAAAAGCGGGACCGCUCUCGUGCCGCUUACUUCUCCGCUUGCGAGACGCUCGAGUCGGCGCGGCAGAAGAAGACGUCGGCGAAGGAGGGGCGGGAAACGGAGAAGGCGACGAGAGCGCUUCUCGCAAAGGACCAGUACCUCCUCGACAUCGACAUGGCGAACGUCGCGAAACAGCGGAUCUACGAGGUCCACCUGCCAAUGCUGCACGACGAGUUCCAGUCUCUCGAAGCAAGCGGGAUCCGACAACUCGAAGACCUGCUAGGCCGACUGCUUGCGAUCCAGCAAGAGUCGGGCGAGAAGUUCUUGCAGGCCGUCGGAAAGGCGAAGGACGUGUUGAGCGUUGUGGACGUCGAGGCAGACCAGCAGAAAUUUGUGGAUCAGCAUUCGGCGACGUUGACGGCUGCGUACGAGCACCCUGUCGACCUCAUAUUCGAGGAGUGCCCGGUCUGGCACGAUACGGACGAGUUCGCGACGACUCCUGCCGCCAUCACCUACCUCCAGAACGUCAAGGUGAAGGCUUUGACGCGCGUCGCCGAGAUCUCGCCUGCGAUCGAGACGAAGCGGCGCGAUAUCUCGGGCUUGCGGAACUUGCGCGAGACGUACGAGCAGGCAAAGGGUCUGGGUGGAGACACAGUGGCGGUCAUCGAGAACUUGUACAACGUUACACACGAGACGACCCUCCUCGAGUUGCAGCAGAGCGAACUGCAAGCUUCGGUCGAGCUGAUCGACGCGACUCUUGGUGACGACGCCUCUUCCGACCUCCGACCACACGAAUUCAAGUCGUCCUCCUUCGUCACACCAUCGACUUGCGCCGUCUGCGAGUCCUCCGUCUGGGGCAAGGGUAUGUCGUGCAAGAAGUGCAACAUGGCGGUGCACGUCAAGUGCGAGCUGAAGGUUCCUCCCGGCUGCGCGGCGCGACCAGGUGCCGGCGUCGUGCGGCACAAGUCGAAAAAGUCCGCGCCGCCGCCGGCCGGUACAGGAGCGUCAUCCAGCACCAGCUCGCUCACACGGACAUCCAGCCGGCUAUCCAACUCCUCCGUCGCCUCCUCCGCCGCUCCGCCACGCCGAACCGUCCCUCCCCUAACGUCUUCCUCUCCGGCAAUCACCCCUCAGCCUCAGUCAUCCCAUACCGAAACAGCAACGCUCCUCUACCCGUACGAAGCGCAGUCUUCGUUCGAACUCUCGGUGGAUGCCGGCGCGGUUGUCGAGGUUGUCGAGCCGGAGGACGAGAAUGGAUGGGUCAAGGUGCGGGUGCCGGCGGAUGGGAGGGUAGGGCUCGUGCCUGCAAGCUAUAUCCAGCUUGGAGGAGCGGUCGGGAACGGCUCAGCUGGCGGUGCGGCCGCUACUGGAGGGAGCGGUCAACGAGUUCGCGCGCUGUACGACUACUCACCUCAGACGGCCGACGAACUUGCGCUGGUCGAGGGCGAGGAGCUCGAGUUGACGAGCGUCGGGAUGGACUUUGGCGAAGGUUGGGCAGAGGCGACGAAGGACGGCCGGACGGGAAUCGUUCCCGCUUCUUAUAUCCAGCUGUUGUGA